UUUUUUUUUUGUUAUUUUCUCUUCUCAUUUUUUUUCUUCCCUUCUUUUCUUUCUUUUCUCUUUCUUUUUCUUUUUCAAGUUUAUGACUAUAACGAAAACAACAGAUCCUCUUCUCAACAACGAACCACAUUCUCCUCUUACUAAUUGUACUUCGUUGCCUCAAAAGCGACCACUCAAUGACGACAGUCCUAUGCUGACUAAAAAGAAACAAUUAUUCAUUAAACGAUCCCGAAACUGUACCAACUAUACCCAAGCUUGCUUAUUAUUACACGCUAUAGAAAUCAAUAGAAGACAAGUUCUAAACGCUCGUUGUAUAGCUCAUUUAGCAAACUUUGUUGUCAAAGCAUGGGAAACAGAUCCGAACGAAACCAAAGUACGACAUUUAUAUCAAUUGAUGCAAAGUCUUUUAUCCACUACAGGUAUCAAACAAACCACAUUGGAAACAGCUUUGGUUACUUUUUGUCGAAAUACUGCUUCCACUCCUACGCCCUGUCCUAGUGUCACAUUACUAAUAGCCAUCAGUUACAUAGAAAGACUAAACAAGAAAUACGAUAUCAUUCGAGGAACUGUUGGUUGUGGAUCAAGAUUGAUCAUGGUUGCUUAUCUUAUGGCUGCCAAAUUCUUGCACGAUAAUUUACGACUCAUUAUCCAUGUUCCAGCAACCAAUCCAUCACCAUCGUCAUCGUUAUCAAUACCAUCAACAACAACAACGACAUCAAUACCAUCAACGUCAAUAUCUUCGUCAUCAACCUCACAUCCAGUGACCGAUUCUUUAGUAGAAAAGUCAUCAUCCACACUUCCAAGCUCUCCACCAACAUCACCAAGUCAAUCAUCUGGCAAUAAUAUCUUCAUGAGCUCUUCUUCUUCGACUCAACAAACAUCAAGCGAACCACCUCUUACACCUCCUCAUCCCUCGACCAAGAUAACCACUAGGACACCCAAUGAACGCAAUUUACGGAUCAUGCGAUUGGAACUUGAAUUCUUACACUUUUUGGAUUAUGAUUUAUCAACUCCAGAUCCUGCUAGAUUGGUACGAUGGGCCCACACUUUUGAUACCCCACCAGUUCCUGUAGAUGAUUGUACAUCGGCUGAUGAAGGAGAUGAUGAAAUGGACGACGACGAUGAUACUUGUUCAUUGGACUGAUUCAUAAACACUACCCUCUUUUUUUUUUCUUUUAGUAUAUAUUUUUAGUUUGACUAAUUCCUUUUAAAUAAAAAAAAAGUUUCCUUUUUUUUUCUUC